UCUCAUCUAGCACUAUUUGUACAAUACUACAUACAGGACAUGUGUGCGUAGCGAUGGCGUGACCUAACUAACUCGGAAUGUGAUGGAACCAUGAUAUUAACAGUUAAUUACUAAUGGCACUACUUAUAUAAAGCUCAAACCCCGCUCAUUGAGCGAUCAUCCUACAGUUUUGGACCCAACACACAUAUAUAUACACACAUCAGUCAGUACCUAUUGGAUUAGGCUGGAAAGGGGUAAGGGGUCUACGUAUGUAUAAUCGCGACGACUUCCUAAAAUAACUUGAACCUCAUCUACACUGUUCCCAUUGACGAACUAUUCUAUCUCAGCUAGCAACAGAAGAAACAUUUGCACGAUGAAGGAGGCUGUAGUAGCCCCAGGGCCAAAGGUUGAAAUUAUUGACUCGCCCGUUCCAAAGCCUAAUGCAGACCAGAUUCUUAUUAAGGUUAUCGUGAGUGGUUCCAAUCCGAAGGACUGGAAAGUCCCCGACUGGCGCCAAGUCACUGCGAACCAAGGGGAUGACAUAGCCGGUAUCGUUCAAGAUGUUGGUUCUAAUGUGACUGAAUUCAAACCUGGCGAUCGCGUUGCGGCGUUCCAUGAGAUAAUGAGCCCCCAUGGUUCCUAUGCUGAAUAUGCUAUCGCGUGGCAGCACACCACUUUCCAUCUACCACAGGCAACCACCUUUGAGGAAGGAGCUGCCAUCCCCUUGGCUGCCAUGACAUCGGCAGUCGGACUCUAUCUUCAACUUGGUCUCCCGCAGCCAUGGACACCGGCGGUUGAGCCCACACCCCUUGUAAUAUACGGUGCGGCCUCUGCUGUCGGUACUUACGCUGUCCAGUUCGCCAGCAAGAGCAACAUACACCCUUUGAUUUGCGUUGCUGGAAAGUCCCAAUCUCACGUGGAAAACCUGAUUGACCGUGGUAAAGGGGACACCGUCGUCGACUACCGAGAUGGGGACGACGCUGUGACUGAGGCUCUGAAGAAAGCAGCCGAAGGGUCUAAACUCCUGUAUGCUUUCGAUGCGAUAUCAGAACACAACAGCUAUGUUAUUUUGAGCAAGGUACUAGCCCAGGGCUCCAAGAUAACGCUCGUGCUGCCACCAAAGGAUUACGAGUUUCCUUCACAUGUUACGCAGUCCCUGACUUCAGUGGGCUCGGUACAUUCAACCGCCAAGGACUUCGGCUUCGUGUACUUCAGGUACAUCACUCGAGGACUACAGGAAGGAUGGUUCAAGCCGCAGCCGCAAGAACUCGUGCCGGGGGGGCUGGGUGGUAUUCAAAAGGGGUUGGAUAACUUGAAGGCUGGCAAAGCGAACGCCAUAAAAUACGUGUUCAGAAUCGCCGACACGGAAGGUAUUUGAUGUAUGAAUAUAUGAAAUCAGGGCAUGAAAUCAAGGCGGCACAAACUCGUAGGAUCCUUCUAUUCCCUUCGUUACCCCAGAACCACCCCCUCCCUGAUUUACCUAGCAGGAUCUAGCAAUGUCACGUUAUUACCAACCGCGAGUAAUGGAUUGCAUUCUACAUGAGUAGACAAAGAUCGCUUGCAUAUUGGAAUCUAUGAUGAAACGAGUUGUCGUGUGCAUAACGGAAGGCCAAAUCGAACCUCCCACCGAAGGUUUUUUUUUUUUUUUUUUUUUUUCCUACGAAUGCAGACCAGAAUCAUCUCGAUCACCA